UCAAAUCCUCAUCAACAAAACCAAAAUCUUUAUGCAAACCCGGAAAAUCAAAUAAUCAUAGCUCGCAAAUUUCAUCUCCGGUCGUUUCUAAUUCAAACAAAUUAACUACCACCCCUACUAAAAAUCAAUCGAUUAAAAAGCCAUCACCUAAAAUGUCACAAGUUCUUUUAGGGUUUCCAGAUGGGAAUAUAGUCCUCGAAGAGGAUAUUGACCCAUAUUCAAGUAAAAUAGGUGGUAUUCCAAAUUGGUUAAUCAAAUCUUUUCCACCUCCACAUGAUUUUAUAAUUUGUAAAAAUUGUGAGAAAGAAAUGUUUUUAUUGUUCCAAAGUUAUAUACCUUUGGAAGAAUCACCUUAUGAAAGGAUAGUUUAUGUUUGGGCUUGUAAUCAACAAAAAUGUAUGAAUUUCAGAGCAAUUAGGGCACAUAGACUGGAUGAAGAAUUUAUGAAAAAUCUUAAGAAAAAUAAAAAUCAUAAAGAUCAAAUAAAAAAUGAAUUGCAAAAAUCUGCCACAAUAUUUAAUUUGGGUGAUACACUCUUCUCAACACAAGACAUAUCUUCUGCAGUGGGUGGACUGGAUGUGAUGUUAUUCGAUAAUGAUAACGGUGAUGAUAAGUUUAGUGCAAAUAUUACGUCUAAAUCCAUGUUGCCAAACGCACAAGUUGCAUGCGAUUUCGAUGUGAAUCACUCUUCAAACACUCCAACGUGGAGUCAGAUUGUUGCCAGAUCAACGGUCGUAGAAGAUGAGGUUGAUUCUAAGCUCUAUGAUGAUGUUUCUACGAAGCUUGUUAUAAGCGACGUGUCCGAAACACUUUCAAAAUCACCAUGGCCAGAAAAAAUUCCAUGUUUUCCUGCCCAAUAUCUAUACAUUACCGAAGAGAUUUUGGAAGAGAAGCCUGAUCCUAAUCUAAAGAAAUACGAGAGUUAUUUGAAUGUUUCAUUAGAUAAUAAUGAAGACGAUUCGUUUGAUUGGAUGGGUGAAGAAUAUGAAAAAUCUC